GCCGUUCAACGAGUCGGUCCACCCAUAGAAACCUUACAGAAGACGUUUCCGUUGAGCACUGUAUAUCGGGAUAGCGAUGGCGUGUCCAGGUUAUACGUCUUCGUCAUCCCAUGCAUAUUACUCAUAGAGAGCGCACGGUGUUCGAUCUCCUUUCGGUCGGUGGUCACAAGCGCGUUCUCACUGGGUUACCGGUACCUCCUCGAUGACGUCCAUCCUCAGAGCUCAGAAGCCACUACUAGGAUGUUUGCAGCAAAAGGCACGUAUCUACGAACGUGCCGCUGUCGGUCGUGGCGGAUGCCGCCGUUACAUAUCCGAUAGACCCAAGUUCAACGAGGGCCCUGCCUUUCGGUUCACACGCCCACCUCAUCCGGACUGGAAACCGGGCGAUGGCCUCCCAGGCACGAGCAAACUGGCCAGCGAGUGGAAGGCAGAUGAAGCGGCAGGCUGGAAGACAUGGCAACUGGACAGUACAUCUCCACGGGACAUAUAUCGCCUUUUGACCAGCGCGGUCGUUCCUAGACCCAUUGCAUUCGUGUCCACCAUAUCUAGUAAUGGCGUACCAAAUCUGGCCCCGUUCAGGUACUUCUCUAUGGUAGCGCACAACCCACCACUGUGCAGCAUUUCCUUCACCGCCGGUCACAAAGACACUCGCGAAAACAUUAGGGAAACCAGAGAGUUCACGGUGAACAUCAUUAGCGAGCCAUUUGUGGAGGCAGCGAACUUCACCUCUAUCGAUGCCCCAGAAGACGUCGAUGAGUGGGUUCUCAGCGGUCUUACACCUGAACCAAGUAUACACGUGAAGACGCCAAGAGUCAAAGAAAGCGCGGUCAGCUUGGAGUGCGAGCUAUAUCAUUGGCAUGAUAUAAGGCCUCCGAACUCUUCAACCGUCACCCACUCGCUGGUACUGGGGCACAUCAAGACGGUCCACGCUCGAAAUGCCGUACUGAACGACGACGGGACAAUUGAUCCCGUCAAGUUCCGCGCCGUUUCACGCCUGGGAGGCACGACUUAUGCACGUAUUGGCGAAGGAUUCGACCUGCCAAGACCGUCGUGGAAGAAGAAUCUCGACACAUAUGCAACCCUUGUCAAGAAGGGAUCGAAGUAGGGGCCGGAAUUGUUGCUACGUGUUUCUGUCGUUUGUGCAUUGGGUCGAACUCCGAUAAUAGGUGCAUUCGAAAUUAUACACAGUGUUCCAAUCUACCUCUUCAACGCAGGACGCACCGGUUGUACCGUUGUUUGCAUUUGUUUGCGUUUGUCCCGAAAUGGUAGUCGUGGGUAACUCCAGAACGUUCUUCAAGUUUUCGAUGUGCGUGCCAUGGUGAUAUGACGCAAAGCGGAAGCAAAACACUGCGAGCGACAUCCAGAACCUUCUCCAGAGUAUUUCUUAGAUGCUACCCAAGUUCGAGUAUAUAUGGCGGCGGUACGCGCCUCCCUCUCCAUCAGAAUUCAGAACAACUAUUUCAUUACCGCAUUCGCUUG